AUGAACCUCCUCACCCUCCUCGGGGCGCUCUCGCUCCUACUAAUCUCCGCCCUCGCCGAUGCCACCGCAGACAUCUUCUACUGGCCCAUCGGCGCCUCAUCGCCCUCCGUCCUAGCGCGCGUCUCCUUCGACCCAGCAACCCAGAAAUCCAACGUGGUCUCUUACAACGCACCCAAGACCGAUUCCACAGACGACCUCGUCCGAAUUGGCCUGUAUACCACAACCCCCUCAAACCCCAAGCAAUGGGUCGGAUCUCUCGUCUCGCUGUCAUCCUUAACCGACAAAUCCCAACAACCUACCUUCCGCCUCCAUCUCGGACCGACCAAUGAACUCUAUCAUGUUUCUCUGGCCGCUAAGGCCGCUACUUCUCCCCAGGCUGAGCUCGUGUUAAGUGAGCCCGGUGCGCAACCGCAUCUGAAUCGUCCUGUGGUUGUUGGUCCGGAUGGGGCUGAUGCGGAGGCUGUGGAGGAAAAGAGCAUGCUGCAAAAGUAUUGGUGGGUGCUUGCGAUCGUUUUCUUCUUGACCAUGACUAGCGGCGGAGGUGGAGAGUAG